GCUAUUGCAACAUAUGAUUCAUUUUUAUAAUCUGGUCUUCGCCCAAUUCCCGAAAGGAAACCAGGCAACAUCAUGGAAAGAAAGAAUCAAACAGCUCUAACUGAAUUCAUCAUCUUGGGAUUCUCCAACCCAAAUGAAUUGCAGUUUUUACUAUUCACCGUCUUCUUUCUGACUUAUUUCUGUACUUUGGGAGGAAAUAUAUUAAUUAUCUUGAUAACUGUGACUGAUCCACACCUGCAUACACCUAUGUAUUACUUUCUAGGGAACUUGGCCUUUAUUGACAUCUGCUACACCACCAGCAAUGUCCCCCAGAUGAUGGUGCACCUCCUCUCAAAGAAAAAAAGCAUUUCUUAUGCGGGGUGUGUGGUUCAACUUUUUGCAUUUGUUUUCUCUGUGGGAUCAGAGUCUCUCCUACUGGCAGCAAUGGCAUAUGAUCGUUACAUUGCAAUCUGCAAUCCUUUAAGGUAUUCAGUUAUUAUGAACAAAGUUGUAUACAAUCAAUUAGCAGCCUCAUGCUGGGCUGCUGGUUUUCUUAACUCAGUGGUGCAUACAGUGUUGACAUUCCGCCUGCCCUUCUGUGGCAACAAUCAGAUUAACUACUUCUUCUGUGACAUCCCACCUUUGCUGCUCUUGUCUUGUGGAAACACUUCUGUCAAUGAGUUGGCACUGCUAUCCAUUGGGGUCUUCAUUGGUUGGACUCCUUUCCUUUGUAUCAUACUUUCCUACAUUUGCAUAAUCUCCACCAUCUUGAGGAUCCACUCCUCAGAGGGAAGACGAAAAGCCUUUUCUACCUGUGCCUCCCACGUGGCCAUUGUCUUUCUCUUUUAUGGCAGUGCCAUCUUUACGUAUGUACGACCCAUCUCAACUUACUCAUUAAAGAAAGAUAGGUUGAUUUCAGUUUUGUACAGUGUUGUUACCCCCAUGCUAAACCCUAUAAUUUACACAUUGAAGAAUAAGGACAUCAAAGAAGCUGUCAAAAGCAUAGGGAGCAAGUGGCAGCCACCAAUUUCCUCUUUAGAUAGUAAACUCACUUAUUGA